UCUUGGCAUCGUCAUAUUCCCUCCAGAAGACUCUUGAGGGAUGCUUUGACAGCCGAUCUGUCCAGGCGACCUUCUCGGCGUACGGCUGGCUCUUUUCCGUGAGCGCCCUUGAACUUCUGCUAUACUCAAAAGCAGGUCCUGAGGAUAUGCCCAAGUCUGUAUCAGAAAGUGGAAAGACAGUCGAUCCUUCAAGGAAUGAGGGUGCUUACUGGGCUAUCAUGUUACUUGCAAACUUCCGUCGUAUCGGUACGAAGUGGCAGGUCAAGAACAUUCCCUCGUGGCCCUCAGGCGCUCCUAGCCGCAGGGAGUUUCUCCGACAAAAACUUACAUCAAUUGUCGCCAUAUACAUUAUCCUUGACGUUCUGUCAUCCGGACCACCCCCUGAUGCCAACGUUGUUGGUAUUAGGAACCAAGUCCUAUUGCUACGCAUACCCGAGCUCACGUCAGAUGAGUUAAUUUUCCGAGUAAUAGCUGUUACUGUCUAUUGGAUCAACACCUACCUGUUCAACCUGUUUAUGAUAGAGGUCGCUUCCUUUGUCAGCGUCUUAACCGGUAUUACUACACCGGAUCAAUGCAGGCCAUUGUAUGGACCAAUCAAAGAAGCAUGGUCCAUCAGGCAAUUCUGGGGUACGAGCUGGCAUCAAAUGUUCCGAAGAGGUAUUCAGGGAAUAAGCGAUUUAGCGAACGAUGCGUUCUUCAUCCCUCGAGGCACAUUAUUAUCACGUUACUUCAGACUGACUGUGUCUUUCGCCAUAUCUGGCCUAAUACACUUUAGUGCUGAUAUGUCGAUGAGAAUUCCUCUCGCUGAAGCUGGUUCAAUGGCGUUCUUCCUUGCCCAACCAUUAGGAAUAAUGAUCGAAGAUGCCGUCCAACACGUUUACAAGAAACAAGGCAUUAAGUUUCUCAGGGGAUACGAGCAUAUCCUAGGUUAUGUUUGGUUGAUAGCAUUUCAGCUUUGGAUUACCCCAACGUGGUUCUACCCUCCUAUUCGUCAUAUGAACCCAGAGAAGGAUGGCCUUCUACCAUUCAGUCUUGUCUCAGCAAUUUUCAGCUAAAAAAACGGGAUUUACUACCAGUAUUGGCCACUAGAUUGGCCUUACGCUGUUUGAACACUAUAUGCACUUACCAAAAACCAUGAUGCUAUUUCUUACUAUUUUAUCUAAAUCUACUCAGGCGUUAUUCAGAAAUGGAAAAUGGGUGGGGCCAUAAGAU